AUGUUUGUGGUUAUGGAUUCCAUGGAGAAGAGCACAGAAAGGUGCUUAGAUUCUCAACUAUGGCAUGCCUGUGCUGGUGCCAUGGUUCAAAUGCCACCUCUCAACACAAAAGUCUUCUACUUUCCUCAGGGCCACGCUGAGCACGCCCAUGGGAAAGUAGAUUUUGGACAAAACCGUGUUCCACCACUCAUCCCUUGCAGGGUCUCUGCUAUGAAAUACCUUGCUGACCCUGACACAGAUGAGGUCUACGUGAAAAUGAGGUUGACCCCUUUGAGAGAACAUGAAUUGGAUUUUGAAGAUGAUUGUUUCAUGGGGAACAGUGGAACGGAGGGUCAAGAAAAACCUACCUCCUUUUCCAAGACACUGACACAAUCUGAUGCCAACAAUGGAGGAGGCUUCUCUGUGCCUCGUUACUGUGCAGAGACAAUCUUCCCAAAGUUGGAUUAUUCUGCAGAACCUCCAAUCCAAACCAUCAUUGCUAAGGAUGUGCAUGGACAGUGCUGGAAGUUUAGGCAUAUCUAUAGAGGGACACCGAGGAGGCAUCUUUUGACCACUGGAUGGAGCAAUUUUGUGAACCAGAAGAAGCUUGUUGCUGGGGAUUCUAUUGUGUUUCUGAGGGCAGAUAAUGGAGAUCUUUGUGUUGGGAUAAGGAGGGCUAAGAAGGGGAUUGGUGGUGGGAUUGAGUUCUCUUCUGGUUGGAACCAGAUAGCCCCUAUGUUUGGUGGGGGUUCUGGUUUCUUGUGUGGGAAUGAGAACAAGUUUGUUAGUAGAAAAGGUGGUGAUGAGUUUAUGUUAAAAGUGGCAGCUGAAUCUGUUGUUGAGGCUGUAACUUGUGCUGUUAAUGGCAGGCCUUUUGAGGUUGUGUACUACCCAAGGGCUAGCACCCCUGAGUUUUUUGUUAAGGCUUCUUCUGUGAGGGUUGCAAUGCAAACACAAUGGUGUUCUGGGAUGAGAUUCAAAAUGCCCUUUGAAACUGAGGAUUCUUCUAGGAUCAGCUGGUUCAUGGGAACCAUAUCUUCUGUUCAGGUUGCAGAUCCCAUUCGUUGGCCAGAUUCUCCUUGGCGUCUUCUGCAGGUGGUGUGGGAUGAACCAGAUUUGCUUCAAAAUGUCAAGUGUGUAAACCCUUGGUUGGUUGAACUAGUCUCAACCAUACCCUCUUUCCAUCUCUCUCCAUUCUCACCUCCAAGAAAGAAACAACGGUUUCUACAGGACCCAUAUUUUCACCUCAUAAACCAAAUUCCUAUGCCAUCAUUCUCCAGCAAUCUUCACAAUUAUACUAACUCUCUAUGUAACAUUCAAGACAAUGAUAGUUCUGCAGGCAUACAGGGAGCCAGGCAUGCUCAAUUAGGACUAACUCCAUCUGAUCUUCCCUUCAACAAGCUGCAACCAGACAUGCUUUUUGGUGGGUUCUCAAGGCUUGAGGAACAUGAAGCCCAACCUGUUACUGUUAGGCCUCCUUGUGGAACCUACAAUAGCAGCACUAAGAACAAUGUUGAUAUAUCUUGCUUGUUGACUGUGGGAAAUCCUGGCCUGAGUUUCAAGGAAUCCAAUGAAGCUAAAGGACCCCACAUCUUGUUAUUUGGAAAACUCAUUCGCACUGAGCAGAAGAGUUCAAACAAUUGCUCUGCUAGUACAACUGCUAAUAGUGUAUCUGAAGGGACUUCCCUGAAGACAUCAAAUGCUUCUGAUGGCAUAGGUUCUGCUUUGAAUCAAAAUAGUUCAGUUGAUAAUUCUUCUGAUGGAGGGUCUCCCUGGUACAAGGAUCAACACAAGUCUGAUCUUGGAACCGAAAACGUUAACACAUUAUGUAUGGCUUAA